AUGGCAGCAACAUCCAUCAGUGCACCAUAUAGAAAUGGACCAGUUAACUACACAGUGUCAUCUCUCAGUCCUGGAACCAAAUACUCAUUCACUCUCUUCUCUGUGUUUGAGAACAUAAGAAGUAGAGGAGUACAGCUUUCAGCUGCCACUGCUCCUAAAAGUGCAGGUGGCUUCAGAGCAUCCAGUCAAGAUGAGACCAGCAUCACUCUGCAGUGGAAUAAAGAAAACAACAAUAUCAGCUUUGUUCUCCAGUUUAAUGACACAGAGACAUCCAUCAGUGCACCAUAUGGAAAUGGACCAGUAAAGCACACAGUGUCAUCUCUCGGUCCUGGAACCAGAUACACAUUCACUCUCUUCUCUGUGUUUAACAAUAUCAGAAGCAGUGGAGUCAGAGUUACAGCAGCUACCAGUUCUAUGCCUACAUUUGGUCAAUCAUCCAGGGUCUGCAAAUGCACACUGAUGUCUGCUUCAUGUGAACAAACAUCAAGAUCUUCUCUUCUCAAACAGAAAGACUUAACAAGAGUGGUAUCUUUCACAUCUGUAGAAGACCCUUUGACAAAGGACUUGCUGAACUCAUCUGUGACCUUCAAUAAUAUGUCUUCCCUGAUAAAGAGACAACUCGAACCAUUCUUCCAGAAAAGGUUUUCCUCUGCCUUCCUCUCCAUGGAGGUUUCUACAAUCAGAAAAGCUCGGUUAUCCACACCGUGA